CGUGUGAGUAUUAGUUUUUCCGACACCGCAUAUAUAAUAUUUUGAGAUGCACUCAACAGCUUGAGAUUGUUCUUUUUCUUUACUACUAUCAAUAUAAUUUGAACAAAAUCUUUUUAACCCCCUGCUCUCUGGAUGAAUUGUUGCAGUGUUAAACCUGGAAUCUGCAUUGCUGCACCAUGAGGCGUGUAUUGAAAUUGCCAGAGGUUGUAUAAUGUGUGUUGGUCCAUAUUAUACAGGGAAGUCAUCGACAAUAAGGACUCUCUUCGGUGAACCCUUUGUGAAGGAAUAUAAAAGUACAGAUGGUAUUAAAACGUAUGGGCUCGAUAUAUUUAGUUGGAUAAAGCGAGAUAACAAUGAAUAUUUUUGUCAUAUGAGCGAGGACGAAAUUAAAAAGUUACUUGGCGACAUUAUUCCAUUGGUGGAGUGUGAUGGCUAUGCUAAAACCUCAGAAGCUAAUGUCAUUACUGAAUUACAGCUUGGUAGCGAGAGGCUAGACGAUACCUUGCAGCGAAUUGACAGAAAGAGGCCAGGAAACUACUCUACUUUUUCAUUAUGGGAUUUUGCAGGACAGAGAAUUUACCAGAUAAGUCACCAGAUAUUCCUAGUAAAGAAGGGUCUUUAUAUUAUUGUGGUUGACAUAUCUAAAUCACUAAAUGAUACAAUUCAUUAUUCCGAAGAUUUGAAAUCGUUUACCGAAGAUAAAGUAAAAGAUGACGUAUCCUUAUGGGUCAAUUCAAUAUACUACCAUUCUAUUCCGGAGCCAGAUAUAAUGAAAUCUGACACUAUUGUGAGUGGAGGUUCAAAGUUCAUCAUCGUUUGCACGAAGAAAGAUUUGGUAGAUGAUAAACAGGUGGUGAAACAGAGAAUGUCUGAAAUAAAAGAUCACAUACGCAAAUGCACACCCAAACCAUUCCGUGAGAUGUAUGCAGGUAUGUUUGCUAUCACCAACAAAGGGGGUGUGGAGGCAGAUGAAGAGGUCCCUAAGCUGAAAAAUAAGAUCCUAGAGCUCUCUACAGUGUUCAAAGAUAAACAACCAUGCGCACAAGUACGACUUGAGUUGGCGUUACGGCAGAUGAAAAAGCGAGCACUACCCAUCUCUGAAGUUUACAGUAAAGGUAAAGAAUUGGGUCUAGAUGAAGAGACAGUCGACAAAGCCUUGAGGUACUACCACAGCAUUCGUGAGAUGAUACACUUUCAUGAAGACGAUGUUCUGAAAAAUGUUGUCAUUAUCGAUCCACCUUGGUUAAUUGACCUGUUGAGAAUUGUCGUUACCCAAAUGCCAAACUACCGUGAAAGAUUUGAUCUGUCAGCAGAGUUGGAACUGCAUUGCAGCAAACUAGUUGAACAAGGUUUGUUGUAUGAAGAAAUGGUAGAUAUUAUACUUGUUCAAGAAAACAGGAUGGAAGAUAAAGAUGUCCUACUUCGGAUGUAUGAAAAAUUCAACAUCAUAUGCAGACAUUGCACGAUGGAUUCCGGCAAGGCAGUCUACUAUAUGCCAUGUAUGCUGAAUGAGGGAACCUUAGAUCCACUCAAAUCCAAGUAUGAAAGCGUGAUCCCACUUUAUUAUCAUUUUGGUGACAAUUUUCUGCCUGACUCGGUUUUUCAUCAACUCGUGGUAAAGUGCCUAAACUCAUGGAAUGAUGCCACAUUGUUCCAAAAUGCAGCAAGAAUUAACAUUCCCGAGUUCAGUAUGAUCUUAGAUCUGUGGAAAGAAGGAUGUGAUAUUGGUAUGAAAGUUUGUCAUACUGGAGAGCAUCAUCACUCGCUAUUGCGGGUAAAGGAGACCAUAGGAAAUCACCUUCGACAGAUCAUCAAAAGCCAGUACUCAAGAUUAUCAUACAAAGAAUGCAUCAAAUGUUCCUGUGGGCAACACGAUGGAACGAAGACUAUGAAAUGGUCUCUGGAUUUAGAUGAUGGUUGUGUUGCCACUACUAAGACAGUCUGUUCAAAGACGCAUCCAAUAGACAUGCCUACUCAAUGGAUCUCCAAUGAUCAGGCGAUUGGUGAAACACAAUUUGGACUAAUCACUGAAUCUAAUGAACACAGUUCUGAAGCAGCUGCUACUGAUUCAAUUUCUACACAAGUUUCAGAGAUUGGUGAAAAACAAUGUGGAUCACCCUUCAAACGCUUCAAACUAGAUAGUUUCCAACCAGCAAUAGGAAUUGUUGUGGCAGACGAAUACGAAUAUCAAUCAAUAAAGCUUAUGUUCGAUGCGCCACCUGUAGAAUAUAAUGGUAAAACAAAUCCAAAUGAUCCAAACUACUAUCAGGUUGGACUCGUCGGAGGAAAGAAGGCUGUAGUGACACAACUUCCUGUUGGGAUGGGUGGAGAGGACAGUGCUGCAGUAACUGUCACACAUCUCUGUAAUGCAUUCAGCGCCAUACAGUUGAUAUUCAUGGUAGGUGUUGCUGGUGGAGUACCUAAUUAUCAGUAUAACGAAGCCAGUGCAAGGAAAACCACAGAGUAUACUCGUCCACAUGUUCGCAAAGGUGACGUUAUUGUCUCGUACCCAAUUAAAGAUGGCGGCCCUGCAUUUGUACAUUAUGACUACGGAGAAAUAAUAUCUGUCCUUGCCACAUGUAACGUUAGGCAAAACAUCCAACGCAAGCAGCACAUUGGGCUUCACCCUAAAGCACUGAAUGCAGCUCGAGAAUUUGCGCGCAAUUCUAAUGUUUUGGGUGAGCAAAUUGGUGCCACAAUCAACAAAAUGGAUGAAGUGCAGAAAGUAGGGUUUCAGAGACCUGCUGAUGAGGAGGAUGUCUUGCCAGAAGGUCAUAACCAUCCAGCUGAACCGCAUUUACGUCAUCCAGGUGAACCCAAAGUUCAUUUCGGAAUAAUGGCCUCUGCAAACAGUGCAAUGCGAAAUACAGAAGUCAGAGAUUAUUUAGCUGUGGCUGAAAAUGUUAUCGGAUUUGAGAUGGAAAACCGCGGCGUCGCUACUGCUGCUCGCAUUUCUUCCAAAGGAUGUAUGUUUGUCAGGGGUGUGUGUGACUACUCGGAUGAACAUAAAAAUGGCAGAUGGAACCGAUAUGCAGCUCUAAUAGCCAAAAUAAAAUUUAAUUGAAGAUCAAACAUAAUUGAAUAAUAUUUGGAAGGCAUUUUUCUGUAAUUUCAUUUCUAACAUAAAGGUUAUACAAUUGUUGAUUUGGAAGAAGUGAACACUUGAAGAAAAGUUAAAUUUGAGUAUUUUUCGAUAUCAUGUUCGUAUGAUAACUUUCGUUAUAUGCAUGUGCAGCGCCUGUAUUACCGACUCAAUUUGGAGAGUUGGCAAAACAUGAUAUGUUUUUAUAGUAGUUAAAAAAUCCUUAUUGUCAUCAAGCUGGCUUAUUAAUAUGAAUUAAUAGUUCUACUUGGAAUUUAGUAUUUUGUUUAGUUUUGUAGUUGUACUUCAAAUAUAACAUUGUUAAGCUGCAUUGGUCUAUGCUUUUAUGCAUUGUAAAACUGAAGUUUCAAUAGAAUAAGAAACUAUGGAAUAUAUAUUUUUUAAGAAAUCAAAUGCUUUGUUUUUUUAAUGAUGCCAAGUUGAAUGCUAUGAUUUUUUUUUGAAUAUUUGCAUAGAAUUUUGUGUUUUAUAUGACUCCUUAUUUUUGGAUGAUUAUGAAUAUAUUUCAUUGAACGUAAUGCCAUCAAGUCCAAUUCAUGAUAUAGUGUUGAAAUAUUUUUGGGUAUCGGAUGUGUCGAUGGAUAAUCAAAUAAACAAAUGUUACUUCACUUUAUGCAUAUUGGAUAUGUUCUCGCCUCCUUACCAAAAAGUCUGUAGUUGUAGCAAGACACCACACAAUUUUUGGAAAAAGUGGGACAGUACUUGGAAAAUAAAUGCAGAUAAUUUGUGACAAAAUA